GUUUAAAAUGGAGAAAUCAAGGAAGUCUUCUCAUCACCAACUUAAAAGAAAACACUCUAAUAAUAUUUUUAAAGUGAACCGGUAUGCUAUAUGUCCAUUCCUAGUCAGAGUGUUCUGUUAUCCUGAAGACUCCGAAGGGGUCGACUUAGAGGAACUUCACAAGCUUGGCCAAGAAGAAGAGCAUAAACAAACUGCUUUAACCUACCUAGUCCCAGAACACCUAUCGAAAUCUUCAGAGCAACAAGAUGUUGUUAAAUCACUAGAGUUGCAUUGUUGGGAGGAUACUAGUUUCGAGGAACUUAAGGACUCCAUUUGUGCUGAUUUGUUCUCCUUGAACGGCGAGUCUCCAAAACUCCUAAAGCUAAAUCAUCUGUACAAAGGAUCUGAGAGGAUCAAGAAGAUCGAUUACCUAGAGCCUGGCUCAAAGAGGAACCUUAAGGAUGCUAAAUUCCUUCCAGGGGAUAUCUUCAUUGUGAAAUAUGCUAAGUAAUUUCAAUAUUUCGUGUGGGAA